AUGUCAAUUUCUGAUUGCGUUAAUUCCCGAAACGCAUCACAGAGCCCUGCUCUGGUUGCUGCGAGUGCUUCCAAUCUGAUAAUACAAAGUGAAGUAUCGCAGCAGUCACAGCAUCAACAAAGUGACCUGGUACCUCUUAAUUGGCUUCAAGGUUCAGAUAUCAUACAUAUCGCCCCACUAGAUCAAGAAGAAGACACAACCAGGGCUUCCACUCCAGGUACACCGACUUAUCGCGUUCGAAAUCAGAGUCAAACUGUCCCACAAGCGCUCCCUGUAACCGUUAAUCAGGGUUAUCCCAUAAUUGUGACCACUGCCCCCAACUUCAAUACCUCGGCAGUAGUCAAUACUUUUGAUGAUAGUAAUGUGAAACCCGGUAUCAGUUAUACUCACCUUAUUUGCAUGGCUAUUGAAUCAUCAGCAAAUAAAUGCAUGACGGUUCAGGAAAUCUACAACUGGUGUCAGAAGCACUACGCUUACUUCAGGAACAGCAAUUCGGGCUGGAAAAACUCUCUUCGCCACAACCUCUCCAUAAAUAAAUACUUCAAAAAAUUGCCACGAGAUGUCCGGGGUCCAGGAAGGGGGAAUUUUUGGACGAUCGAUCCGAGUGAGAGAUCAAAUUUAUUGGAAUCUAUAAGGCGUGCUCCUCCCCUCCCUACUGUCAGGUCUAUAGCACUGCAGCCUAUCACGGCGAUCAGCACUCAAUUGACAACUCUAAGCUCUCUUCCAACUUCCACUGGAAGUUUGAUUAUAACCAGUGCCUCUGUUCCUGAAGAUAGAACCCCUCCGAAAUUGCAUGUGAAUGCCAUUCCUGAAGACAGAUCAACCAAAGACUCCGAACACACGGUGUAUGCAGAGUCGGAAUCCAUCGGUGCUACUGAGGUUUGUGGUUCUGUAACCCCUUCUCAACCAGUUGGAUUUGAAUCGUGGUCUGCAGAGGAGGAUGCGAAAUUUGAAGAAUCGAAAAGACAGCUGUUCGGAUCAAUGGGCACCCAGACAUCCGGAAUCGCUUCUCAGGAACCAGUGAAGGAGUCGAAAAACCGGAGAAAGUCUUCCCUUCAGACCAAUCAACUCAUGUGCGAGCGGUGUAAAAACGCUGUGGUUUCGUCGUGUCAGCGGUGUAGUUUACUGCGCCAGGUGCGUAGAAUGGGUUCUCUAAAGGAUGUUCUUUCAAGCUUGGAUGGAGAAGGGAAGACGGAUAGCACAAGGAUGGAUCAAGUGCUCAAUUUCUUGGAUGACGACCAAGAGGCACCCUCAUCAAGUUGGUCGAAACCGAGUGUCACGACAGAGGAGACUUUCAUAGUGAAUGCUCCUCACAUGGAUCAUGAGUACUGCAGCUUUCAACAGUACCUGCGAAGUCAGGAGGACAAAAGAGUUGUUCAAUCUGUGAAUGCCGAGAUUCGUGAUCAACAAGUGGAGCUGUUGAGGGAGUUGGCUGCAACAAAUUAUGACAUGGAGGGUCUUUCUUUCGAAGAUGAGAGGGAGAACGAAGAACCCAAAGGCGCUAGAAGAUACGUGAAGUGUGGUGAGAAACAUCGAUUAAAUGCGAGGAGUGUUGCUGCAGUGCCACGGAAGAGAGGAAAGGAGCGUGUGAGGAAGAUGGAGUUGGAAUAUGAGAACGAUGACGAAGAGGAAUAUUUCUUAGAGAUGCCUCCAUAUACUGGUCAUUAUAAAUCGCGAAAUAGGUACACUUGUGCUUUCGAAAACGAUCAGAAUGAUGACUUUGACGACUUGGAAGAAGAUGGUUAUCAUGCAUUUUCGAGACGAGCACCAGCUUCUUCACUUUCUCGGACACGAAAACGCCGAGUUGUAGAAGAAUCUGACAGUGCACUUCCUCCACCUUCUUUGAGGAGACGUGUUGAAGAGAACUCUUCUCGAUUGCCGACAGAGUAUGGUGACGUGACGGCCCCUCCUUCAGGUCAUCCUUCUUCACCCUCCAAAGAUUUGCCUUCGUCCAAAAGAGGAGGCAGGAAAGGGAAUAGGAGGUUUGACAGAAACUAG